AUGAAUAUAGGAAACAUACUAAAGGAAAUAAGUAAACAUUUUAUUAGUCUUACAGAAUGUGGGCUUAUAUAUGGCCCUCAAGGUAAAAUGCUACUAAAAAAUCUUGAAGAACAAUGGUUUCUAAAUUGCAUUACAAUGUCACGCUAUAAUAUAUUCUUAUCAGAUGAAUUUAAUCAGACUCUAAAUUUUGUUAUAAAAACUGAAAUGAGUGAUAUACCAUUUGGAUUAGCUUCAAUAAAGAACUCAAAAAAUUAUUGGGAUUCAAAUCUAUUGCCUAUACAAAAAUCAAAUUCUCACAGAAUUGCUGAGACAAAUAUUUUUAACAAUAGUACAGAAACAAAAGAUUUAUUCCAUAAAAUUCAGAAAGACCGUAAAAUUUGGUGGCGGAGAUUAGCACAAUAUCCUUCUAGAUUUAAGCUUACAGAAGCAAAAAAGAUAAAAGGUUGUAAUGUAGUAGAUAUUGAAGCUCAAUUUCCAUUUGGCAAUGUUAUUGUGGAAAAGAUAACUUACCAUACAGAUGUUCAAAAACUAUUUUCCCAGGUUGAUAGUAAAAAAGAUUUUACCAACAUACAAAUGGUUGAGCAUAAAGUAUCUUUAGAUUGGGGUUGUUUAGCACUACUUUGUGACGCAUAUGAUAUGAAUAAAUCUUCCAAAACGCAUCUUCAUUCCAAGUUAGCACCGCAUAAAGUUGCAUUUCAUAUAAAAAGUUCGAAUAAUGAAGAGAAUACCCAAAAUGAUGAUUUAAAUCGUUUUGUACUUUACUUAAAUAAUAUGCUAAGAACAAAGGGCCUAAAUACAAUAUUAACCACUUCAGAAAAAAUUAUAGAUACAUGCUUGAUUCCUUUUAUAGUUUCUGUUGAUACGACUAGUCUUGAAAAUGGCAUUAUAUAUAUAAGAGAUAGAUCCACAACUCUUAGUGAAGCAAUACACGUAACCGAUUUAGUAAAAUAUAUAAUUCUGCGUUGUUAAUCAAUUAAUAUGAUAUGAUUUCAUUUAAAUAAAAUUAAUAUAUCAAAAGCUACAAA